AUGAAAAAAAAAAUCAAUAAAAUUGCAGCGAAAAAAACUAUAUCAUGGGAUGAAGUGACAAUAAAUGAACAAGACAAGGAAAGGGGCUCACGGAUGAAAAUUUUGGAGCCAAACACCCCGUUCAAUUUUAUUGUAAUGGAUAGCGCAUCAGAAGAUGAAACAUCAAAAAUUGGGGAUUCUAAAACAAAUAGCGAAGGACAAGAUAAUAUUGCGGAUGAUCUAAUAAAUAAACUAAACCAAUUAGUGGAAAAACAAGACUGUAAAGGUGUAUCCAAUAUAGAUUUUAAGGAAAAAAGAAAAAAGCAUUAUAACGAAUACAAAAUAUUGCAAAAAUUGAGGAAAUCAGGCACAUUUGAUGAAAUUGAUGAAGAAUAUAAAUUAGAAAAUAAUGAAUCGAAUGAUGAUAAUAACAAUGCUCAGGAUGGAGAAGAAUAA